AUGGACGGCGAUGGCGGCCGCCGAGACGCCCCCGGCGCGCUGAUGGAGCCCGGGCGCGGCGCAGGGCCCGCGGGCAUGGCGGAGCCGCGGGCUAAGGCGGCGCGGCCGGGGCCCCAGCGCUUCCUGCGGCGCAGCGUGGUAGAGUCGGACCAGGAGGAGCCGCCCGGCUUGGAGGCGGCCGAGGCGCCGGGCCCGCAACCCCCGCAGCCCCUGCAGCGCCGGGUACUUCUGCUCUGCAAGACGCGCCGCCUCAUCGCGGAGCGCGCCCGUGGACGCCCCGCCGCCCCCGCGCCCGCAGCGCCGGCCGCGCCACCUGGAGCCCCCGGAGCCCCGGCGGACGCCGGCCCCGAGCUCUUGGUCAAGCAGGAGCCCGUCCCGGACCCCACCGCAGCUGCUGCCGAAACCGCGCCUGCCCCCGACGGCGGCCCCAGGGAGGAGGCGGCGGCGACAGUGAGGAAGGAAGAUGAGGGGGCGACCGAGGCAAAGCCUGAGCCCGGGCGCACACGCCGGGACGAGCCCGAAGAGGAGGAGGACGAUGAGGACGAUCUCAAGGCAGUGGCCACUUCUCUGGACGGCCGCUUCCUCAAGUUCGACAUCGAGCUGGGCCGCGGUUCCUUCAAGACCGUCUACAAGGGGCUGGACACGGAGACCUGGGUGGAGGUGGCCUGGUGUGAGCUGCAGGACCGGAAGCUCACCAAGCUGGAGCGGCAGCGGUUCAAGGAAGAGGCUGAGAUGCUGAAAGGCCUGCAGCACCCCAACAUCGUGCGCUUCUACGACUUCUGGGAGUCUAGCGCUAAGGGCAAGCGGUGCAUUGUGCUGGUGACCGAGCUGAUGACCUCGGGGACGCUGAAGACGUACCUGAAGCGGUUCAAGGUGAUGAAGCCCAAGGUUCUCCGCAGCUGGUGCCGGCAGAUCCUGAAAGGCCUGCUGUUCCUGCACACGAGGACGCCGCCCAUUAUCCACCGAGACCUGAAAUGCGACAAUAUUUUUAUCACCGGACCCACUGGGUCUGUGAAGAUUGGUGACUUGGGCCUGGCCACUCUCAAAAGAGCGUCAUUUGCCAAAAGUGUGAUAGGUACCCCUGAGUUCAUGGCGCCCGAGAUGUAUGAGGAGCACUACGAUGAAUCCGUGGAUGUCUAUGCCUUUGGGAUGUGCAUGCUGGAGAUGGCCACCUCGGAGUACCCCUACUCGGAGUGCCAGAAUGCGGCACAGAUCUACCGCAAGGUCACCUGUGGUAUCAAGCCGGCCAGCUUUGAGAAAGUGCACGAUCCCGAAAUCAAGGAGAUUAUUGGGGAGUGUAUCUGCAAAAACAAGGAGGAAAGGUACGAGAUCAAAGACCUGCUGAGCCACGCCUUCUUCGCAGAGGACACGGGCGUGAGGGUGGAGCUCGCGGAGGAGGACCACGGCAGGAAGUCCACCAUUGCCCUGCGGCUCUGGGUCGAAGACCCCAAGAAACUGAAGGGAAAGCCCAAGGACAAUGGGGCCAUAGAGUUUACCUUCGACUUGGAGAAGGAGACGCCAGAUGAGGUGGCCCAGGAGAUGAUUGAGUCUGGAUUCUUCCACGAGAGUGACGUCAAGAUCGUGGCCAAGUCCAUCCGUGACCGUGUGGCUUUGAUCCAGUGGCGGCGGGAGAGGAUCUGGCCUGCGUUGCAGCCCAAGGAGCAGCAGGAUGUGGGCAGCCCAGACAAGGCUAGGGGUCCGCCGGUGCCCCUGCAGGUCCAGGUGACCUACCAUGCACAGGCUGGGCAGCCUGGGCCACCAGAACCUGAGGAGCCGGAGGCCGACCAGCACCUCCUCCCACCCACGUUGCCGACCAGCGCCACCUCCCUGGCCUCGGACAGCACCUUCGACAGCGGCCAGGGCUCCACCGUGUACUCGGACUCACAGAGCAGCCAGCAGAGCGUGGUGCUUGGCUCCCUUGCCGACGCAGCGCCGCCCCCCGCCCAGUGUGUGUGCAGCCCCCCUGUGAGCGAGGGGCCUGUCCUGCCGAAGAGCCUGCCCUCACUGGGGGCCUUCCAGCAGCCUAUGGCUGCGCCUGGCCUGCCGGUGGGCUCCGUCCCGCCCCCCGCCUGCCCUCCGCCCCUCCAGCAGCACUUCCCAGAUCCAGCCAUCAGCUUUGCUCCUGUGCUGCCGCCGCCCAGCACCCCCGUGCCCACGGGCCCAGGCCAGCCAGCGCCCCCCGGCCAGCAGCCUCCUCCACUGGCCCAGCCGACGCCCCUGCCUCAGGUCCUGGCUCCACAGCCCGUGGGCCCCCUCCAGCCAGUGCCCACUCUUCUGCCGCAGUACCUGGCUCCAGCCUCCCAGGUGGGGGCCCCCGCUCAGCUGAAGCCCCUCCAGAUGCCGCAGGCACCCCUGCAGCCGCUUGCUCAAGUUCCUCCGCAGAUGCCCCCGAUUCCUGUCGUGCCCCCCAUCACGCCCCUGGCAGGAAUCGACGGCCUCCCUCCGGCCCUCCCAGACCUGCCGACCGCGACCGUGCCCCCUGUGCCGCCACCUCAGUAUUUCUCUCCAGCUGUGAUCUUGCCGAGCCUUGCUGCCCCGCUCCCCCCUCCGUCCCCAGCCCUGCCUCUGCAGGCUAUGAAGCUGCCCCAUCCCCCUGGGGCGCCCCUGGCCAUGCCCUGCCGGACCAUUGUGCCAAAUGCACCGGCUGCCAUCCCCCUGCUGGCUGUGGCUCCACCGGGCGUGGCUGCCCUGUCCAUUCAUCCUGCUGUGGCCCAGCUCCCGGCCCAACCUGUGUACCCAACGGCCUUCCCACAGAUGGCGCCUACCGACGUCCCUCCUUCCCCCCACCACACGGUGCAGAAUAUUCGGGCCACCCCUCCACAGCCGGCACUGCCCCCGCAACCCACGCUACCCCCACAACCCAUACUGCCCCCACAACCUGUGCUGCCCCCGCAACCCACGCUGCCCCCACAAUCCAUACUGCCCCCACAACCCGUGCUGCCCCCGCAGCCAGCAUUGCCUGUGCGCCCUGAGCCCCUCCAGCCCCACCUUCCUGAACAGGCUGCUCCGGCUGCUGCACCAGGGAGCCAGAUUCUGCUUGGCCACCCAGCUCCCUAUGCUGUAGACGUCGCUGCUCAGGUCCCCACUGUGCCUGUGCCACCGGCUGCGGUCCUCUCCCCGCCUCUGCCGGAAGUGCUGCUGCCUGCUGUCCCUGAGCUCCUGCCUCAGUUCCCCAGCUCCCUGGCCACGGUGUCCGCCUCUGCGCAGAGUGUGCCCACCCCGACUGCCACACUUCUGCCACCAGCAAACCCGCCACUGCCUGGUGGGCCUGGGAUCGCCAGACCCUGCCCAGCUGUCCAGCUGACGGUGGAACCGGCCCAAGAGGAGCAGGCCUCGCAGGACAAGCCGCCUGGCCCCCCACAGAGCUGUGAGAGCUACGGAGGUUCUGAUGUCACUUCUGGAAAAGAGCUGAGUGACAGCUGUGAAGGCGCCUUUGGAGGGGGCAGGCUGGAGGGCAGGGCAGCCCGGAAGCACCACCGCAGGUCCACGCGCGCGCGCUCCCGGCAGGAGAGGGCCAGUCGGCCCCGACUUACCAUCCUGAACGUGUGCAACACUGGGGACAAGAUGGUGGAGUGCCAGCUGGAGACGCACAACCACAAGAUGGUGACCUUCAAGUUCGACUUGGAUGGGGACGCGCCUGACGAGAUCGCGACGUACAUGGUGGAGCACGAUUUCAUCCUGCAGGCUGAGCGGGAGACGUUCAUUGAACAGAUGAAAGAUGUCAUGGACAAGGCGGAGGACAUGCUUAGCGAGGACACGGAUGCCGACCGUGGCUCCGACCCAGGGACCAGCCUGCCACACCUCAGCACCUGCGGCCUGGGCGCCGGGGAGGAGAGCCGGCAAUCCCAAGCCAACGCCCCCGUGUAUCAGCAGAACGUCCUGCACACUGGGAAGAGGUGGUUCAUCAUCUGUCCGGUGGCUGAGCACCCCACCCCCGAGGCCCCUGAAUCUUCGCCCCCACUUCCUCUAAGCUCCCUGCCGCCAGAAGCCAGCCAAGAUCCAGCACCCUAUAAAGACCAGCUGUCCUCGAAGGAACAACCUGGCUUUCUAGCCAGUCAGCAGCUUCUGAGCCAGACGGGCCCCAGCAACCCUCCUGCGGGGGGCCCAGCCCCUUUGGCCCCCUUCUCCCCUCCUGUGACUGCUCUACCCCAAGAUGGAGCAGCUCCAGCCACCAGCACCAUGCCAGAGCCAACGUCAGGAACUGCCAUCCAGGCAGGGGGUGCAGGGACCCCUCAAGGGCCCACCAGUGAGCUCGAGACCUCCCAGCCGCUAGUGGAGACUCACGAGGCCCCACUUGCUGUGCAGCCCCUCGUGGUGAGCCUAGGACCUUGUGCUCCAGCUCCAGAGGCUGCCUCAACCAGGGAGGCCAGUGCCCCAGGGGAGCCCCCGCCAGCUCCUGCACCUGAGCCCAGCCCCCACAGUGGGACCCCACAGCCCUCCUUGGGUCAACCCGCUCCCCUGCUUCCUGCCGCAGUGGGGGCCAUCAGUCUGGCCACCACCCAGCUCCCAAGCCCACCCCUAGGGCCCACCAUUCCCCCACAGCCGCCCUCGGCCCUGGAGUCAGAUGGGGAAGGGCCGCCCCCCAGGGUGGGCUUUGUGGACAGCACCAUCAAGAGCCUGGAUGAGAAGCUGCGGACUCUGCUCUACCAGGAGCACGUGCCCACGUCCUCAGCCUCAGCUGGGACCCCUGUGGAGGUGGGCGACAGAGACUUCACCCUGGAGCCCCUGAGAGGGGACCAGUCCCGCUCGGAGGUCUGCGGGGGGGACCUGGCCCUGCCCUCAGCGCCUAACGAGGCAGUCACAGGGCGUGCCCAGCCACCCCAGCCCUUGGUGGAGAAGUCAGAACUGAUCCCUACUCAAGGGGCCAUGAUGGAGCAGGGCAGGUCUUCAUCAGUGACAGCAGAGUCGUCUCCCAGGAGCAUGCUGGGCUACGACAGAGAUGGAGGGCAGUUGGUCUCAGACUCCCGUGUGGUGCCCAGUGCCCCCCAGGAUGUACCUGCUUUUGUGAGACCUGCACGCGUGGAGCCCACAGCCAGGGAUGGUGGAGUCACUGGAGAAAGUUCAGCAGAGCCCCCCCAGAGUGCCAUGAGCAUUUCCACACCGGGUGGCCAGGCCAGCCACCCCCAGGCACUCGGCGCUCGAGCUUCGGGGUCCCCUCAGAAACAUUCAGAGCAGCAGGAUGGCAGCUCACCAGCCAAGACUGUGGGCCGUUUCUCGGUGGUCAGCACGCAGGAUGAGUGGACCCUGGCCUCCCCCCACAGCCUGAGGUACUCCGCCCCACCUGACGUCUACCUCGACGAGGCCCCCUCCAGCCCCGAUGUGAAGCUGGCGGUGCGGAGGGCACAGACAGCCUCCUCCAUCGAAGUCGGCGUGGGCGAGCCUGUGUCCAGCGACUCUGGGGAUGAGUGCCCUCGGGCAAGGCCCCCGGUGCAGAAGCAGGCAUCCCUGCCCGUGAGCGGCAGCAUGGCUGGCGACUUCGUGAAGAAGGCCACCGCCUUCCUGCAGAGGCCUUCUCGGGCUGGCUCGAUCGGCCCCGAGAUGCCCAGCAGGGUGGGCGUGAAGGUCCCCACCAUCAGUGUGACCUCCUUCCACUCGCAGUCAUCCUACAUCAGCAGUGACAACGACUCAGAGCUGGAGGACGCUGACAUAAAGAAGGAGCUGCAGAGUCUGCGGGAGAAGCACCUGAAGGAGAUCUCAGAGCUGCAGAGCCAGCAGAAGCAGGAGAUCGAGGCUCUGUACCGCCGCCUGGGCAAGCCGCUGCCCCCCAACGUGGGCUUCUUCCACACGGCGCCUCCCACUGGCCGCCGGAGAAAAGCCAGCAAGAGCAAGCUGAAAGCGGGCAAGCUGCUGAACCCCCUGGUGCGGCAGCUCAAGGUCGUGGCCUCCAGCACAGGUCACUUGGCUGACUCCAGCAGAGGCCCUCCCGCUAAGGACCCUGCCCAAGCCAGUGCGGGGCUUGCUGCAGACAGCACGGGCCUGAGCGGGAAGGCAGUGCAGACCCAGCAGCCCUGCUCCGUCCGGGCCUCCCUGUCUUCGGACAUCUGCUCCGGCUUAGCCAAUGAUGGAGGCGGAGUGCGUGGCCAAGGCUGGACGGUUUACCACCCAACGUCUGAGAGAGUGACCUAUAAGUCUAGUAGCAAACCUCGUGCUCGAUUCCUCAGUGGACCCGUAUCUGUGUCCAUCUGGUCUGCCCUGAAGCGUCUCUGCCUAGGCAAAGAACACAGCAGUAGGUCCUCCACCAGCAGCCUGGCCCCAGGCCCUGAGCCGGGCCCCCAGCCCGCCCUGCGCGUCCAGGCGCAGGUGAACAACAGCAACAACAAGAAGGGCACCUUCACGGACGACCUGCACAAGCUGGUGGACGAGUGGACGAGCAAGACGGUGGGGGCCGCACAGCUGAAGCCCACGCUCAACCAGCUGAAGCAGACCCAGAAGCUGCAGGACAUGGAGGCCCAGGCAGGCCGGGCUGCCCCUGGAGAGGCGCGGGCUAUGACCGCACCUCAAGCAGGAGUGGGGAUGCCACGUCUGCCCCCAGUGCCCGGCCCUCUGUCUACCACGGUCAUUCCCGGAGCUGCCUCGGCCCUGCCCGUGCCCACACCAGGUUCCUGUGGUCCACACGCCGCCUCCACACUCUCUCCCUAUACUUGAGUUGAUGGUUAGAACCUUGUCACCACCCUGCAGAAGUACAGUGCCUUGAAUGCCAGCUUUUCUGUUCCCUGAUGAAAAGAUAAUGUUAAAAAACUUUAUUGGAAAAGGUUUCAUUUGCAAUUGGCUUGUGCAUUGAUAAUCUUUAUUUACUGUUUUAAGUUGCAGAGAUGUGAAUGGUUUACAGAUCUGAAGCUGAAGUUCAAACUUUGGUUUUCUGUUGUAAAUGCCUUUUUAAAACCCUGAACUAGCCUCCUUCAGUACAGCAGAGCUUCCAGUGCUAGGUGAGCCCUGCCUUGUCCUCAGGAGAGCGCGGGUUCCCUGGGCUUAGCCAGGGGCUGAGAGACCGCGGGACACCAGGGCAGGGCACACUGCGGAGCUGCUCCCUCAGUGGGGAAUGUCAGCCUCUGCUGGGCCAUGAUCCUCCAGAAAACAUUAGGUGAGCAGACGUGCCCUCGGCGCCAGUGGGCUGCUGUGAGCGAGGAUAGGGUGUGUGCUGGGCAUACAGACUCCUGCUGCCCGCCCACCCUGUGGAGACAAGCGUGGCUCCUUCAGCUGGAGGGGCUGUCCUCUCUCCUGCCCACUUCCCUCCCUUCUCCAUGACUUCAUGGAGGCCUAUGGCUCUGCUCACCCUGGCACACAGACCGCUCUCCCAUCCACUCCUAAGGCUGCCCUGAGGAGGGCAGGGUCAUUCUUCUGGAGAUUUCAGUGGGACUCAUCCCCAGCGGGCACAACACAGCCCUUGGUGGGAGGGGAAAGCCCCAGCCCCCUCGACCUCCCGCUGGAAAGCAGACUGGUUGGGACUGCCCAGCUAUGAAUUGUAUAGUUUCUGUACUUAUUAGAACUGGGUAAAUUAUUUUGGUUCAAAUCUAUGACUCCAUCAAUUCAGUUAGAAUUGGAUUUUCUAGGUGAUUAUGCAGAAUCUUCUGCCAGGGCACCAUGCUGUCGUAAGAGAUUUCUGUUCUCUGUACCGGCCCCCUUGCCCUGUCCCUUGAGUGAAAUGGGGGCUGCCCUCAUCUGUCCCCCUUGCCUGUGAAUCCCUUCCUCAUACACGGUGGUCAGUGGCACGGAAUCCCCAAGAGAUUGUAUAUCUGAAGGAGAAAAAUAAACACUUUUGCUCAAAAACA